AUUGGUGGGCAAAGUUCUCAAGUUUGGGUAUUUUCGAGGCUCAGUGUUGGCGUGUGGAAUGAACUUUAUAUUUAUGAAUGAAUCGUUAAAAAAAUACGAAUGGUUCUUGUUUUUAUGCAUUUUGCAUAAAAACACGGUUGGUUUCAGCUGAGACAUUUUAUAUUACGGUGUUAAUUCAUGCUUUUGCAAUAAAAUGUCUUCUAACUUCAAGUAUUCACUUUCAAAAGUAUAUAAAAACUAUCAAAAAUUCGUACCCGAACUAAAAUCGACAACAGUGUUAAGAACUAUUAUUCAGAUAUGUGUUCACUACAUUGAAACUAAGUCCUGCUCACAAGAAGUUCUCGAUCGUGCGGUUCGAAAGCUACGGUCAGCGGGUCACGAAGUUCCAGAACAUUUCUGUGAACUGUUUGCGGGUGUUUUACAGCUGAUGCAGCUUUAUCUGCGAUAUCCCAAAGGCAUCGUAAAAGACGACGAGCUUAAAGAGUCGCUGCGAGAGUUACGUUACCAGGAUGACUGCAUCGAAGAUAUUGUCCGAGUUUUGCAUCAUCACCGGGAUCCAUUGAGUGUCAACUAUCGGGAGAUGAGAAAUCUGAGAUCACCACCGCGCCGUUUGGUAUGGCGCAUCAACGUGUCCUUCUUAGAUAGGCUGCCUGAACCUCUUAUGAUACCACAACUUGAUCUAGUACCUAGCGAAAUGUUACUUGCAUACAAAGCAUAUUGCUAUGUUCCUACUUAUGAUAAGCACGCCUCUGACAGAGAAUCGGAUACGAAGUAACUGAACAACGCAUUCCCAGCAUCCGACAAUAAUAUUACAUAUACAAAAAACAGAUGGCGAAUUACUGAGCUUCGAGAUGAAUUGCGCCACGUUUCACAGAUUACGGUUCAACGUUGCAUCCCUACUACAUGAACUA